GUGUGUUUUUGUUUUGGUUGACUCUUGAACUACAGUCACGGGGUUAGGCAAUGCUGAUAACCCAUGUUUGCUUUUGAAACUUGGAAAAUAAUUUGCAACGCAGUGUCAGUAAUACCGAAGUCUAACCAAACGUUGGAUGCAGGUAUUAGUGCCUUUGAACAAAAUGGCGAAUACAAGUUUGUUAUCAGUCCAAAUAAGCAGAUAUUGUCAAUGAUUUUUGUGUAAAAGUACUUGUAAAGAUUGUUAUCAGUUACCAGUGGAAUAUUACUAGUUUUAUUGGCAUUGAAACUGGCUCAGUUGAGGAAUAACAACUUUGUGUUAAAUCAUAAUUAUAAUUAUUAUGCGUUCAACUUGGUAGUUACGUGUUUGUGUACUGAUAGAACUAUGAAGUUGAGAAUAGUUUUGAAGAAGGUACAUAUAAGGAAAUUUGUCAGAACUAAGAAGAAAACGCAGCUGAAGCAAGUCAUAUCAAGACCAACUUCACCUCAACAACCGGAUCAAAAUGGUCACACGACCACCUCUACUGGUGGUCAAAGUUACCGCUGCUUCAUUUGUUCUGGACUUUUUCCGAGAUCGCAAAUGGAAUGGGUCAGCACCUCUGCAGAAGGAGUCAAUUCACAUGCUAUGCACUUUCCGUGCUUAGCCAGAGUUGCGAGAACGUCGGAGAACAGCUGUAUGGACUCUCAUGGCAGGGUUCUCAGUUGUGCGAGGUGCGUUGACCAUUUGACGAAGCAGUGGGAGGCGCUGGAAGCGGAAAGGGUACCUUUAGAACGAAGAAGGGGAAUCCCCACUCCUCCAAGCACAAAUAGUGAUAGGACUGUGUGCAGUAAUAGCAAUCCGGGAUCUGGAGGCAGCAGUAUAUACUGUUUCCUUUGCGGAUUCCAUUCAGAACUGACUCUAGCCCGAGUAGUUUAUAGCAAACCACAAGGUCGUAACGCACCGUAUUUUCCUGCUCUAAUACGCCAUAAUAGUCAUCCGAAUGCCGAACAGCUGAGAGAAGAUGGAUCGGCGUUAGUUUGCACAUUUUGUUACCAUAGUCUUGUAAACCAGUGGCGGAGGAGAGAGUACAAUACACAUGAUUAUAGAUGUUAUGUUUGCGGCAUUACGACUUACAGGAAAAGAGUUAGAGCACUUUUAAUUAAAGAUUUUCCCUUUCUUCGUUUUCAUCCUCAACCAGAACAUUCAUUGCUCCUGGAAAAUGGCGACUAUGCUGUCGUGUGUCUUGACUGUUAUGAAACAUUAAGAACGCAAAGUUUAGAAUAUGAAAGAUGGGGUCUACCGUUAGAUAAACGACAGUAUAAUUGGAUUACUCAGCCGCCGCCCCCAGAAGAUAGCCCAGAAGCUACUGUGGCUAGGUUACCCAGUGGUCAGCGAAGUGAUAAAGUUCCUCCAACCCUUAUCACAAAACCAAAUAGAAAAAAUUGCUCACCUAAAAUUAUGGACCGAAAAACAAGUUCUACAAAACCUGAAGCUGGGCCGGCUGUAUCAAGCAGUCCGAAGUCAUCAGUGGCGUCGGCAAACGGCACCAGUAAUUCGAAGCCGCCCCCACGCACCACGACUGCCCAUUCGGUACCUGGACCCGGUCCUGGCGCCGUACCAGGCCAGUACUCGCAUUCUUUCGCUGCCGCGCUUCGGAACCUGGCCCAGCAGACGGUACCAGGAACCGUUGAUCAUUCGAAGUGUUCCACUGCCUGAGAAAUCCAAACCAAGCCAGGAAGUAUCAUCAUUCGCUACAACGGGACCUUCUUCCUUGCGAUCAUUUGAACCUCGACUGCCAACAAAUCAUGUGGAUAGGUAUCCAGCAAGUUCCUUAUCAGAUCUAAGUAGGAGCGGAUUUCAGCCUUACCGACCUGAUGAUAGGAUACCCCAUUUACCAGUAGGCAUGGAACUGCCCUAUUCGCAUUACGGACCAUAUCCUUCGUUACCUUUAAUAGAUGAUCCUUUAUAUUACGAGCGUAUGGGUAUUAUCCGGCCUCCUUGGCCACCGAUUGGUCAUCCUUAUUUACCUUAUAUGCUGCCUGGGACUGCUAUGCCUCUAUAUAUGCACGAAAGACUUAAAUUGGAAGAAGAACAACAUCGGAGAUUAGCUGCUUUAAGAAAAGAAGAGGAACAAAGAGAGAUGUUGGAACGAGAUUUGCAGUUGCAUAGGGAAAAGGAUAGAGCACAAAGGGAAAGGGAGAAGGUGCAGUCUAGGAUGUCGCCACAUCAUUCGUUAAGCGCGAGUCAGCCGUCACAUUUAGUUCUUCCUAUACUACAACCACCAGGAAUGUAUCCUCCUCAAGUCGGCCUACCAUCCUCUGCUGUGCCUGUAAGUUCCCGGCAAGGCUCACUGGGGGCUCCGCCACCGUCUUCGUCAGCAUUUUUAACACCCAGUACGCCUCCCGGCCAACCUUCCGCCGGCUACAGUGUGCCCAGAUCCAGCCCGUCCUUGCAACGGCAUUCGCCUAGUGUCAACGCAUCCCCUUCUGCCUUCUCGCUCAACCUUAACCAGAGACAGAGUCCUGUCAUGCAACCCUCUGGUCCAAUGAUAAACGCGAUAAAUCUAGCUCCUCCGCUGCCGCCAUUGACCCCGUCUAGUCAGAGUCAGCCACGCUCCUCUCCGAAACCCCACACUCCGAACAAACAACCCCGAAGUCCGGCGGUGUCCGCCUCCCCAGUGCCGAUGUCGGUAUCAGUACUGACCACCCCCGAGCCUCCCUCCCCAUCUCAGCGAUCCCAGGUGGAAGAUGCGCAACCGCAACAGCACCAAGAGUCGCAACAGCACCAACAGUUACAACAGCAGCAGCCACAGCAAGUAGAACCGCAACUAAUAGAAAGCGGGGGAGAAACUGCCUGACCACCCGCUAGGACUGUUAUCAGCGAAGCUGCUGUGGGUUCUGCCAGGAAGCCUAUUCCAUCUGCACUAACGACUCACAGACAGGCUGCAGUGGUUGUGUCGACAGCAGGCACUGCACCAGAGGUACAACAACCACCGUCAUCCAUCAGCAGGCAUUUCACGACAUUCGAUAUCGACAGCAUUGUUAAUAACCACCAGAGCAACGGCACCAAAGCGGAAACUGAACAUCUGGAAAUACCGACGAUCACGGCUGUACCAUCGGUCUCAACCACCAGAACGCCAACGACUCCGGGAAACGUGACAACGACUGCACAGCUGGUUAGAGUUCUCGAGGCGCGAACGAGAUUGCGAGCUGUCUUCGAAAACUCAACUUCGUCAUUCUCAAGCACACCAGCUGCCAUUCUGAUGACAACGUCGCCGUCGACGUCUACCGUUACAACUCCUUCGACGACCGCACGUAGCUACUUUUAUGGCGACAAGAGCAAUGAAGUCAAGCACGCAUUCACGCCUCCAGUUGGGGAGACAAGAGGAGUUCCAGAUGUGCACAGUCCACAGUUGCCUAUACCCUCACCAAACUAUCCUAGCUAUAACGCUAGCGUACCUCAGACAGCUUGUAUUCAGCAUUACGAACCGACCAAAACUCAUACGAAUGUUGCAGCUGCGCAAAAAUGGACCAAAAAAAAAGCAUACAACAAGUCAAAGAUUGGUGAGAACCAAUUUACCGUACUUAAUAUCCCAAAUGUUGCCGUGCAAGGGCCUCCGCCAAUAAAAAAACAAAAGCUGAGCAAGAUUGAUUUAGCGACUAUACGUAAGAAGGCGGUGAAGAAGAAAAAGGAGAAAGAGAAAGUAGCCAAGGUACCGAGAGAGAAAAUAACAAAAGAGUACGGAGUGACUGUGUUAGAUUACUCUGAUUGUUCAAGCAGUGGUGGCAGUUACGACAGCAGUUCGGACAGUGAGGAAGAAUCUGGAAUUGAUUUGACUAUCAAGUCUGGACCUCCUAACAAACCUGACCUAAAUCCCAUGAAAUUAGAAUUUCUAAGGCAGUUCGAUAUAACCACGCAUGUUGUUAAAAACCGUAUAGAAUUCGAUAUACUGGAAAAAAGGAAAUGGUUGCCUGCCACUAUACUAAAAGAAACUGAAUCAGUAGACAUACCACUUCUGGACCUGCCAGUGCCUUCUAAAGCGCCUUCGUUACUGAACAUCAUGCAGAAUCCAAAGGCGAAGAAAAGCUUCCUCCAUCUUCUAGGUCUCGUAACUGUCAGCCCGGUCGUUAAAGCCGAAAAUGAAAAUAAUUGGAAGGAAAUCAUUCAAGAAAGACUGAGAAGAAAUUGUGAAUCCUCCUUAACAAAGUAUUGUGAGAGAGUCAAUAAAAAGUCAGCUCUGGAUGCUCAUAAUGAUGUUAGCACAAUCAAGGACACAAUAUUGAAGCUGCCUCUAGUGCACAGAUUUACGGCAAAGAAAGAGACGAUUAAGAACAAUAUACCAGUCAAUUAUCUCCCUCUUACGAUGAUCCUACUUGAAAAUCAGAAGUGUAAUGGAAUUGUUACUCCCAUUGAAGCUGUUAUGGAAAAAGAAAAUUUGAGAGCGCUGAAAGAAGAUAACAAGUUCAAAUGGCCUGGGAUAGUAGACAUUGUGGAGUCAUACAAGAUAUAUGCAAAAGAAAGGAACUUGGAUAUAGUACAAUUGAAGAAGCAGUGUUCGAUGUUAAUAGAGGAAACGAUCAGAAAGCAGAAUGAAGUGAAAUUCCUGGAAAAAAAGCAGCGCGAACUGAACACAGUCCUAUUCAGAAACGAGCGUGAGAGGAAACGGUUGCAAAGGCUGAUCGACCAACUAAAUAAUAUUAUUAAUGCUUUUCGGUAACAUAAGCUAGAAGGAAAGUACAAGACGGUUCUGUUUUCAUUUGUCCUGUUUUUUGUUAUAUUUGCGAUUAUGUGAGUCAAAUUAGUGUAAUAUGAAAGAGUAGAAUACACACUGUUUUAAUGUUACAGUAUAUCUAAAUUUUAAAUGAGUGAACGGCUACGGGAAUUUAUUUUGUUAUAUGCCAUCUGUUUUAAAAGAUCUCUUCAGUUAUCACGUUGAUCAUAUUUAACUGUUCUUUCUUAAAUAUCCAAUUGGUUUUCUAUAAGGUUCUUUGAGUAUCUGAAGAAAAAAAUAUUCAUAUUGAUGCUAAACAUAAGUUAUAGUAUAUAUUCGGCAAGCUUAUCAAAUGCGUUUUUCAGUUUUUGUUUUAUGUUUUGAACUGGUCAAGUUAAAAUUUGGGAUGAAUCUUGAUGCAUGAGACGACUUAGCAUAAAUUUGACAUUAGCUAUUUAAAAAAAAUAGAAUUAUCAGAUAGUCAUUUGUUUCGCAUACCGGAUUUAUCACAAACCGUUGUUUAUUAGCUGAUUUUAUUUGAAAUGAGAUUUUAGAAUAAAUUGCAUAUUAGCUCCAUAUUAAAAUUUUGCGCAAUUGAGCACAAUUUUUGAUUCUGAUUUAGUUAUGAUACAUUCGUUUAUCUCACGAUAAACCACAUAUUAAAAUAAUAUUAUUCUUAGUAUUUAAAUGUACAAAAUUCCAAUAAAGCGUUCAUAUGCAAAACAACAUUUAAAAAUUUGAUUACGCCAUCUUUUAGAGGAGAAAAGUGGCAAUGGCAUCAUGCAAUUUAUUUUGAAAUCCCGUAUCACAUAAAGUCACGAAAAAAUAAAAAUGAUUUUGCGAUAAAUCUGGUAUACGAAACAAAUGACUAUUAGGAAAUUCCGUCUUUUUAAAAUAACUAAGGUUAGGUAACGUCAAUGUUUACGUUUUUGGAAACAGAAUUGAAAACUAUAUUAAUCUACACCAUCUUGUAGAUGACAAAAAGUGCCAAUAUUAAUAAGUAAUUUAUUUUGAAACCUCACUACAAAUAAAAUCAGGAAUAAAUUAAAACGACUUUAUGAAAAUUCGUCUUUUUCGUCUCUUUUCGAAAGUACUUUGAACUUCGAAACUUUCUAUACGACAUUUUGUUGUUACCUAAAUACGAAACUUUGUCUCCAUUUCCAAGUACCCAAUGGUAAGGGUCGAAUUUGAAACACCCUGUAUACAUUGAAGUUUUGGUAGUUAGUUGUUGAGUUGUAAGUGGGGCAAUGUUCUAAAACUCAACUCACCAAGUUGAAAUUUUGAAAGUUAGAGAACUUUAUAUUCCAGAUUUAUAAGACGCGCAUAAGUGGCAUCAAAGUAAUGCAUCACAUCAAUUAAAAAAAUCCAACCUGGCACCCAGGCGCCAUGUUGAAAUUUUCAUAUGCCACUUUUACACUGUAAUAUACGAGGUUUGUUCAAUUGAAACCCAUCUUUGGUCCAGAAAAAAAUUAUUGGCGAAUAUAUCUACAAAUAUGUAAUUACGACUACAAUUAAGGCACAUAUCCCAUUGUUUCACCAAUCUGUCCCGAAAAUGCUCAACUUUUAACGCCUUUUUCAGUGGCCCAAAGAUGUAAAAAUUGCAAGGCGACAAAUCGGGACUAUAGGGCGGAUGCUCUAAUAUCCUCCAUUUCUUUCGUUGUUAGAUUUUCUUUCACUACUCUGGCAACAUGAGAUCGAGCAUUGUCGUGCAGAAAAAUAGACACCACGUGAGAGCUUUGCUGGACGUUUUCGUCUUAUUGCUCGAUGGCGAUUGUUCGCAGUUUUAUUAUACAGGCUUGCGUUGAUAUGUACUCUAGGUCCUUUAUACUCUAUGAGCAUGUGUCUUCAUGGACGAAAAAAAAAUGUUGACCUUGUCUGCAAAAGGUUGAACUUUAAACUUCUUUGGUGGCGGAGAAUUUGCGUGUUUGCGCACAAACUUUGCUGUAACCCAAUUUGUGUACGAUCCUAUGGACAGAUUCUAUACUCACACCAACAUUUUCUGAAAUUGCUCUGAUUGAAAUGCGACGAUUUUCUCUAAGCAUGCCUUCCACACAUGCCACAUUUCUUUGGUGCAGUACUCAAUGCACCUCGUCGCGGCUUAUCAUUCCUUUCUUGAAUUUUCGACCCUAUUCGUUUCCAUAUACUGCUUGCAUUAGUGUAUGAAUUUGAAAUGGUUGCAAACCUUCAGCACACAAAAAUUGAAUGUCCGCACGCUGAUUGUAUUUGGAUAGAUUGUUAACAACCAACGGGGUUGUCACAAUACUUAAAAUAGCAGUCAAAUACAAUCCAACUGAUCAGUGAGACGUUUACAAACACAACUAACUUUGCAAAACGUCAGUUAAGUGAUUAGAAUUGUUUCCAAGGCUAACCUGACCAAAUAUGGGUUUCAAUUGAACAAGCCUCGAAGUAUUCAUGCAUCAAUUUCAUCUUCUCGAAUUUCAACUUACUCUAAAAAUAAAUGUCGGAGGCCUCAACAAAAUGCACUAUAAUUAUAUAUUCCUUCAUACUGGAAUUGAUACAGUACCUUUGAAACUCUAUAUGAUAUAGACAUAUCGGACCGGGUGUAAAUAAAUAUUUGUAUAGUCAAGUUCACUUUCUUUACCGAUUUGACUCAAGUAAUAGCAUUAUUGGUUAUUGCCGAAGGUACGAUAAGAUGAUCAAAAUAUGUUUUUGUUUGAACGUUGCUGAUGUAACAUAUGGGAUGCUGAGAAUAUCUUAAUUUUAUUGAUAUAUAAUUGAAUAGCUGUGAUGGACUAGGGUGGAUUUUAUACCCUUUUUAUUUUUAUUGAAA